GACUGUGUGGUCCCACUGGUAUUUAAACAUGACGUCAUAUUCGUGCGACAAUCCCGGAAGUGUGUGUCGGAGCCAAAAUGUCGCAGAGUUGGAAGGAGGCGGCUGAUGAUGUCGGUUAAGAAGAAGAAGAAGAAGAAGAAGAGAACCCGGACCGUGUAUCACAGAGCACCGUGACACAAACACGCGGACUGUUAACGAGGUUACCGGAGAAGAAUAACGGAGCCACAGUUAAUUAGAUGCUGUGUCAUGGCUGAGCGGAGGUGUGAGUGUUCGUGGAAGAGACACAUCUCGGAGCAGCUGAAGGUCAGAGACCGAGUUCAGAGACAAGCCUUUGAGGAAAUCGUCCUCCAGUAUAACCGUCUUCUGGAGAAGUCAGACCUGCAGACUGUUCUGUCAGAAAGAUACCAGACGGACAAGUAUGACGUCCAGAGAGGACACGAGGCCAGCUCGGGGACAGACGGUCGUAGUGACGUCCUGCAGCAGGAGAUGUCUCAGAUGAGAAUCAAACACCAGGAGGAGCUGACGGAGCUGCACAAGAAACGAGGAGAGCUGGCUCAGAAUGUGAUCGAACUGAACAACCAGAUUCAACUGAAAGACAAAGAGAUCCAGAGCAAUGAGGCCAAGUAGGUACACACACGUGUGUGUAUAUACAGUGGGUACGGAAAGUAUUCAGACCCCUUUAAAUUUUUCACUCUG